AUGCCAAAAAAGAGAGCUUCCAACGGUAGAAACAAGAAGGGUAGAGGUCACGUCAAGCCAGUUAGAUGUUUAAACUGUGCCAGAUGUGUUCCAAAGGAUAAGGCUAUCAAGAGAGUCACCAUCAGAAACAUGGUUGAAGCUGCUGCUGUCAGAGAUUUAUCCGAAGCUUCUGUUUACGCUGAAUACGCUUUACCAAAAUUAUACAACAAAUUACACUACUGUGUCUCUUGUGCUAUUCACGCCAGAAUUGUCAGAGUUAGAUCUAGAACCGACAGAAGAAUCAGAACCCCACCACAAAGAAAGAGAUUCUCUUCUGACAGAAAGGUUGCUCCACAAGAUGCUGCUAAGAAGGCUAACUAA